AUGAGCUUAAAAAUCAUAAUAUUAACUUUAAUGCUCUCAAUAGUUGUUCCAGUGACAGACUCUUGCACGAGCAUUACAGGAUGGAAACUAAGGCAUGUUGAUGUUGACCAUAAAGAGCCGAUAGCUACGAGAGAAAUGACCACAAAAACGAUUGAUAUUGAUAAUGACAACAAUAUUAAGAACUUAAGCAGGAUGCAGCGAUUCUAUACAGAACCUAUAAUACUGCAAAUUGGAGAAGAGCCAGAAAGAUGCGAAGACGAAUUUGAGAAAGUUUAUUGUCACAAUCACGGAAAGUGCAUUAAAAUUAAGAUUCCUGGAAGUUCAAGUUAUGAGAAAGCUCAUUGUAUUUGUGAUGAUGGAUAUUCUGAUUCACGAUGUAUGACUAAAGUACCGGAUGGUGAAUAUAGAACUAUUAAGGAUCGAUCAGAUAUAAAUCACAAACAUCCAUCAUCAACAACGAUCGUAACAACAACUGAGACGAAAACAUUGAGUUCAACGGAAAGAAAUAUUGCAAAUGAGCCGAAUAAGAAAUUGGGCGAUAAAUCUCCAUGUCCGGAACCUUGGAAUCAUGACUUUUGUAUUAAUGGUGAAUGUAUUAUGCUUCCACAUUUAAGUACUGUAGAUUAUUUUUGUGAUUGUCAUAAUGAAUUUACUGGACUAAGAUGUGAGAGGAAAGCAAUCGAUUAUCAUGAUUUGAAAAUAAGAGCCCGUCGGGAUAUACGAGGUUCAAGGAAAAAGAAAUACAAUCGUAAAUUUCGCCAACUUACUUGA